ACCGUGGCGUGGCGAGGACCAAAAUGGCGUCUUUGUUUAUCAGAUGUUCAAAACUUCUUCUGCUCUAAUUUUCUAUUUUGCCUUAUGGCAGGUCGUGGAUCUUACCCAAUCCUACUAGUAAAUAUAUAUGUCGAAAUAAUCAGUAGCUGAAGGGCCUCACCUGUCAGGAGAUUGCAGUGAUUACUGAGGGUUCUUCUUCAGUUCAACAAACCGUGUUCUGAGGGUAUUGUGAAAAGUUUCCCUGAAACAUGUCUCAAGUUGAGAUAGGGGUUAGUGGGGACAUGACGCCUCUUGUACCUCAAAAAGAGGACCCAUUUGCGAAUGCUUUGAAAAUGUUUCAACAGUUUCCUGGGUCUGUUCCCUUUGGAGCACCUGUUGUUCAAGAAUGGGUGCAGCAAAGGCGUGAGAACAUCAGGCCAUGGUCCACAUUUUUCAAUACAUCUAAUAUCCGCAAGCCUCCAAGUCUAACGAGACUGACAAAGCGAGUCCUUGCUAAUGUGGAAUACUUCAAAAGUAACUACCUGUUUGUGUACAUAGGUUUGGUCCUUUAUUGCUUAAUUACGUCACCUCUCCUGCUCAUCGCUGUGUGUGCUAGUGCUGGGGCUGGCUACCUUCUGUACCUCCGCCAUAAAGAGGGUAUGAAAGUAAAUGUCAUGGGCAAGGACUUGCCCCUGGGUCAGCAAUAUGGACUUGUGGCUAUCUGCUCCCUUCCAGUCUUUUAUUUGGUUGGAGCUGGUGCUGCACUGUUUUGGGUGUUUGGUGCAUCUGUUUCCCUUAUCGGCCUUCAUGCAGCAUUUUACAAUAUUGAUGCACUUCUUGCGGCUCAAGAAGAUAGAUUUGAUCUUGAAGAAGUCUAAGUGAAUUUUUAUGUCGGAAUGCCUUUUUGUUACUGAAUACGUUGAUAUUAUAAUGCGUUGUGGAAAGAGUUGUCAUGAGCUUUUGCCCUGCCAAGGGGCCUUUGAAAAAUCUAUCCAAAGACUGAUCUGCAACUAUCUGUUUCAAAGUUAACAAUUAGUUGCGCUGUUAAUUAUCAUUCUUUUUGUUCUAAUUUUGGAGUGUAAGAAUUGGGCAAAGUUGAUGGCUCUAGGGUAUUUUAAAGACUUAGGUUGGAUGAGUAAUUGAAUAUCAUGGUUUGUAAGUUUGUUUCUUUUCUUGUUCUGACUAGACAAAAUAUGUAUUUGCCUUCAAGAUCAAGAUUUUUCUCACAGUUCUGAUUACUAUCAUGGAUGGUGCCUUUGUGGGACCUGUGAACUUGGUAUAAAUUAUUCAUCUUUUUAGCAA